UCAGCAGGAGAAGUUACUGUAUGAACUUGUGGCUUGGUAGGAGCAGCUGUUUCUCUACAUUUGACACCCAGUACCUUCUUGUGUUUUAAUCAACAAUUGCAUGCCAUAUGCAGCCUUUCAUAGUGAAGACUCUGCUUUUCCGUACUACUAUGCCACAUUAAGAGGCGCACUCUAAGAUCCUAUUCUGUGAAGGUAAAAUGUCUGUAUAGAAAUAAACACGUUAUUGACUCCCACUCAGAUUCCUCAAUUCUUUGGGUUUGGGAGCUUCCAUGAAUUAAAUUCAGCCGGGUGUCUAAUGAAUUGAAUUGGAUCUUCCAGAGGAAAUGAAUAAUUAUGGGGUUUUAACUGUUUGCCCGACAUUUAUCUCGUUAAUCACUUGUCCAGGCUUAUUGUAGGAACUUGAGAUGCCGCCGGAUAGUAUAAAUGCAUACAGAUCACGUAGUUCAGGAGGUUACGGUAUUUCAAACCUUCAGUUUCAGAGUUAAUUCUUUUCAUUGGAAAUAAACUGAGAAAAUAGGAAAAAACCCCAGGAAUUAAAAAAAAAAAAAAAGUGUUUAGGUCAAAGCAGUGCAGACAUGUCAAAACUGAUACUAGACCAGCACAAUCUAGUCUUUACACGAGCCAAAUAGAAAGACAGCUAACAUAUCCUUGAACGCAAUUUUUCAGACAUCUCUCUGUAGCUUCUUUUGAAAAAAAAUACAGUUACCUGCUUUGCGUUUAAAAUAGUUCAGGACAAAGGUAUGAAUAAGUUCUGUCAGUAACUAGCUUAUAAUUCUGCUUAUAUGCUUUGUUUUCUUCCCUUUAUCAGUAUAAUCCAUGAGUAAACAGUAAGACAGUGUUUAUUUGCUAAAAUAGGUUUAAAACUUAAACUAACCCUUACCUUAUUGGAUUCAGAAUUUGAAAGUGUUAACCUAGAACAAGAAGGAUGUUAACAUUCAUAUGAAUGCUAACAUUCUCUAGCUCCAUACAAUUCACUUCUAAGUCUGAUGUGGGACAAAUGAUAGUUCAAAGUGCAUGCAAAUGCUUAGUCCUAACCUAAUGAAUAUUUUAAAAUGCAUUUGGUCACUUUAGUCUAUGUGUUAACAUGCCAUUUGGAAUACUGAUGUACCAGUAAUAAAGAUGUGAUGCUUACCUUGUUUUCUGAACGGAACUAAUACAGUAUUUUGAUGUAUCACAGGUAAAUUUUUCCAUAACCUUAUGGAGAAAAAGGACUUUGAAGCAUGGCUUGAUAACAUUUCUAUUACAUUUCUUUCUCUGACGGACUUGCAGAAAAAUGAAACUCUGGAUCACCUGAUUAGCUUGAGUGGAGCAGUCCAGCUCAGGCACCUCUCCAAUAAUCUAGAGAUUCUCCUCAAGAGGGACUUCCUCAAACUUCUUCCAUUGGAACUUAGUUUUUAUCUGUUAAAAUGGCUUGAUCCUCAGACCUUACUCACAUGUUGCCUCGUCUCUAAGCAGUGGAAUAAGGUUAUAAGUGCCUGUACAGAGGUAUGGCAGACUGCAUGUAAGAAUUUGGGUUGGCAAAUAGAUGACUCUGUUCAGGAUCCUCUACAUUGGAAGAAGGUUUACCUAAAGGCUAUUCUAAGGAUGAAGCAACUGAAGGACCACGAAGCCUUUGAGACAUCCUCUUUAAUUGGACACAGUGCCAGAGUAUAUGCACUUUACUAUAAAGAUGGACUUCUGUGUACAGGAUCAGAUGACUUGUCUGCAAAACUGUGGGAUGUAAGCACAGGUCAGUGCAUAUAUGGUAUCCAGACACACACGUGUGCUGCAGUGAAGUUUGAUGAACAAAAGCUUGUAACAGGAUCUUUUGAUAACACAGUAGCCUGUUGGGAAUGGAGCUCUGGGGCAAAGACACAGCAUUUUAGAGGACAUACUGGUGCAGUUUUUAGUGUGGAUUACAAUGAUGAACUUGAUGUUCUGGUCAGUGGCUCUGCAGACUUCACUGUGAAAGUAUGGGCCUUAUCAACAGGAACGUGCCUGAAUACCCUUACUGGACACACAGAAUGGGUCACUAAGGUAGUUUUGCAGAAGUGCAAAGUCAAGUCUCUUAUGCAUAGUCCUGGGGAUUAUAUUCUUCUAAGUGCAGAUAAGUAUGAAAUCAAGAUUUGGCCUAUUGGAAGGGAAAUAAACUGCAAGUGCUUAAAAACACUGUCCGUUUCUGAAGAUCGCAGCAUCUCCCUACAGCCCAGACUGCACUUUGAUGGUAAAUACAUAGUGUGCAGUUCAGCCCUAGGAUUAUACCAGUGGGACUUUGCCAGCUAUGAUAUUCUCAGGGUUAUCAAACCUCCUGACUUCUCAAAUGUGUCCCUGCUGGGCUUUGGAGAGAUAUUUGCUCUACUGUUUGAUAACAGAUACCUGUAUAUAAUGGACUUGAGGACAGAAAAACUGAUAAGCCGCUGGCCUCUUCCAGAGUAUAGGAAGUCAAAGAGAGGCUCAAGCUUUUUGGCUGGUGAAAUGUCUUGGUUAAAUGGACUAAAUGGCCAAAAUGAUAUGGGCUUGGUUUUUGCCACCAGUAUGCCGGACCAUAGUAUCCAUUUGGUGUUAUGGAAAGAACAUGGCUGAAAAGCUCACAUAUGCAGGAUCUUCAGGAAUAUAUGGACUAUCAGCAAUGUGUCCAUAAAAUGAGACUUUGCAUGAACCAAAGUUGCACACCUAAUGGUAUCAUCAUGCAAUGCACAAUCAUUUACUUUUAUUUGGGCAUUUGGGAAUGGGUGGUUUUGGACAUAAUGCAAUACAGCAUGCUAACAGUAUUCACCACAAAAUUUUGUCUGUACUCAUGUUUAAGCAUACCUAUUUGGGCUCUGAAGCAUAGCUUUUAACAUGUAAACCAUUCAAAUCCACCAUCAAGUCUGAAAUGAAGUAGUGCUUGACCUGA